AUGGAAAGAAAAUUUCUCUUCAGAGAUCAGUUCCAUGAGGCGCUCAAUGAUUAUGUAUUAAAAGUGCUUGUACCUGAGGCAAUAAUAUAUCUGUUUGCUAAAACUGAACAGAUUUCAAGAAUCAAAGCUGAAGUCAUAUUAAAUUCCUACAUUUCAAAAGGAAUUAAUGAAAGAGACCAAGAAUCAGAAAGUAGUAUAAAUGAUGGGUCUGUGGUUAGCGCUGAGAAUUUUUUUAUACAUUUAUUGCAAAAGAAAGAACAGCAAAAGAAUAGCCGUUUAAUGAAGUGGGCUCAGUAUGAUUCUUGUAUAAAAGAAACUAAUACUACUCUAGUUAAUGAAAAGAAAGAGUUACCAGAACAAAGUGAAUUAAAAAUAAACAUGACUUUAUUUAACGAAGACUUUGAAUCUAACGAAGGUGUGGUCCAAUGUUUGUUAAAUGAUUUAGUUGAAAAGGUUUGUGCUUAUGUUGAUGAUAGUAUUGAUUUUAUCAAACAAGACUAUCCUAAAACUAAAAGUUAUGCAAAUGAAGCUAGUUUUACCUUAACCGUUCAAGAAAAUAAAGUUAAUUGUACAAUGGAUUUGCUUUGUGCUAAAAAGAAUAUAUUUCACCAUAAAUGUGAUGUUGCAGAUGUAACUGAAGUUAAAAGAAUUUCGUCAAAAUUAGGUUCUCAAAUUCAUACCAUAGUUAAUAAUAAUAACAUUAAAAAUAACUACACAAAACAUCAUUCAGAAGAUACUCAGAAGCCUUCCUCGCAGUUAGUCAAUAAAAGAACAAAACACAAAAGUGCAGAAAAACCAAAAAGAAAUAAGAAAUUGUGUCCUAUUCCAGGGUGUGGGGCAAAGGUUGUUAACUUGCCAAGACAUAUAAAAUUAUCUAAAAAAAGUGAUCAUCUUUUGUUGAAAAAAUCUGCUUCUAAAGUAGUAUCUAUUUUCGGACUUCGAAACUCCAAAAGUAACAAUGCUGAUAUACAUUAUCGUAAAAAAAUGAGAAUUUGUCCUGUUGAUGGAUGCUUUUCAGUUAUCUUAAACUUGUCAGAUCACUUUAAAAAGUCUCAUUCGGAAUUAUUUAAUAAUACAGAGCUUUAUGGUAAAAUGCGAAAUAAAGCAACAGUUAUGAUUGGCUAUGAAGAAGAAAAAAUUGUAUCUAUUUUUAAGUCUAAUAACAGAGAAUCAGAAGAUAGUUCUACCCAUUUAGAAAGUGAUUCUUCAGAAAGUAAUUGUAGUGAAUACAAAAAGUUUAUCUAUAAAACAGAUUCUUUGUAUUCCGAAUCGCUAUCAACAGAUAGCGAUUCAGAAUACAAUGUUGAAGGAGACAAAACAGAUGAGUCUAUAGAUGAUUUUUUAUUCGAUGAUGGAGAUGAAGGAUCAGUUGAUAAUGUUUUAAAUGCUUUUGAAAAUCAUUUAUUGGGUUUUGAAGGUGGGAAAAAGAAAAAAAAACCAGCUCGUCAAUGUAAAAAUCAAGUGAAAUCAAUUCUUAAUUGUGUUAAUCCUUCACUUUCGUCCUUUGAUUCUUUAUUUGAUAUUCACACUCUGCGAAACUCUUGGCUGCCAUGGGCAUUAGCUCCAGGUAAAGGUAAAAGCGGUAAAGGACAUUUACCAGGAACAUUAAGGUCAUAUCUUGGUUCGCUCAGCAAAUUUGUAGAGUUUUUGAUCAGACAAAAAACGGUUUCUUGGGCAAAAAAAAUAUCUGUACCGUGCACAGUUAAUUUAGAUACAAUGAAAGGGUUAUUAAAAGAUGUCAAAAAUUGGAGGUCAAGUUAUUGUGAUGAGGUUGAUCAACGUGAAUGGGAAGUCUUAGAAAAAGAUCUUGUUAAUAUGAUCAAUCCAGAGGAAUUUCAAAAGGUAUAUAACUCAGAGGUAUCUCUUCAAGCAAGAAAGCUGCUUAAUAUGCCAAUAAUAUGCGAUAGUAAUGAUUUUAGUAGAGAUAAUUUCGUUUUAGUAAGAGAUUAUUUAGCCAGUAUUUGCUGCUUAAGAAAUUCGGCUCGUGCUGGAAAUUGCAUUAAUAUGCUUCUCGGAGAAUUUGAAAACGGAAAAGUUGAUAACAGCACUAAUAAUAUUAUAAUAAAUGUCAAACAUCAUAAAACUAAACGAAAGUACGGAUCAGCCCAAGUUGUACUAACGCCUGAAAUCAAUAGUCAAAUGAAAUGUUAUGUUGAUUUCUUCAGAUCCAAAGUUGCAGAAAUUAAUGAUGAAAACCCAUCAGAUCCAGAUAAGAGCUUGUUUGUGACAUGGUCGUUCAAAUCUCUUAAUGGAUUUUCUAGACAACUUGAUUCCUUUUGGAAGAAAGCUACCAAAUCAAACAGGGUUUGUCCAGUUUCUGCAACUCUUAUUAGAAAAAGCAUUACUACCACUUUUUAUUCUUCUGAGGAUAUAAAUGAUGGCCUUAAAGAAAGCCUGGCAAAUCACAUGAAACAUAAAAAAGAAACAGCCGCUAGAAAUUACAAUCUCAUAAAGACAAUGAAAAAUGCAGCUGAAUUAACAAAUAAAAUUGAAAAAAAAAUUUUGAUUCCAAACGAAUGUAAAAACCAAAUGAAUAAAUGUGCUGAAAACCUUUCUUAUCAAGAUUUUAAUAAUAUUGUUAACGAGCCAACAGCUAGUACGAGUACAAUAAAACGAGGAUGGACCCCAAAUGAAAUUGCAGAAAUUUUGCAUCUUUUUAAGGAUCAUGAUUUUCAAGGUUGCUAUAUUCCGUAUAUUCGUGAAAAAAUUAAAGACAAUCCGGUUCUACAAUUUAGGAAUCCAAAAUCCAUCUAUGACAAGCUGUUAUCGCUAACAAAAUCAAUAAAUGCAGAUGCCUCCAGGAUCGAUGAUGAAAUUUGUGAAAUUCGUGAAAUGGAUCAUGGCGAUAAACGUACCUUAAUGGUUAUUUUCAAGAAAGAAAUUAGUCGAUGUUUACCAAUUAUAGAAAGCUUAGUCAGACAAAAAUUAGAAAGUACUGACCAUGGUCAGCGGUUAUUAGAAAAAUAUGGAAUUAAUAAAAUUAUUAACAAAAUUAGAUACGAAAAAAACAUAUUAAAAAACUCUUACUGAGGAUGUAUAUAUAUGUCUUACUGAGAAUAAUAUAUUUUUUGGAAUAAAC